GCUGACUAUAAACAUUUUUUAAAUUAUGAUAAAGAUGAAAGCUUUGAAAGGCAUUUGUGAGGAAAUCUUGUUCUUAAAAAAUAUUUUUAUUCACUUUUUGUUAAAUGAGCGGAUUUUAUCACAAUGAAUGCUUUUCAGAGCUGUCGUAAUACAUCGGAUGCGGUGCCCCUGUAUCUUCCACAGAAAUUGUAUUUGAAACCUAUUGCACGUUUGAAUAUUUCUCUUCAGCUACCAAGAAGAACCGUGGGCAAAACAAUUUCAAAUUGGGAAGUCAUGGAGAAAUUUAGAAAACUUAUUGAGCCCGAAGAGUUUACUGUUCUUAAAGUGACAAAGACUUCUUUAGAAUUUGUCAGGUUUGAAGCAGAAAUUGAUAACAAAAACAAACUCCAAUAUGUGAUUGAUCGUUUAAACAACAAAAUGAUUAAGUUAAAAGAAUUCAGUGAGUUAAUGCAUGUUAGAGCUGCUGAAGCCAAAUCAGAUUUUCCUUCAAGACAUAUCUGGGAUGCAUUUUUUCGCGAGUCAAAUGAUAUGAAUGAAAUGAAGCCUGGAGAACGUCCAGACACUGUUCAUAUUUCAAAUUUGCCAAGUAAAUGGUUUGUCCAUCCGUAUUUAAUAGACAGUGGUGAAGUUAUUCCUUCAGAGAAAAUAUUUUAUCGAGUGUUUGAAAAAUUUGGUAGGAUUCGCCAUAUAGACAUUCCCAUUUGUGAUCCCUACAGAAAAAACAUGAAGGCACACAUGACCGGAAUGCAAGUAUCCAGUUUUGAUGAAAAUGAGUUUUUUGAGGGGUAUGUGCAAUUUAAGGAUUAUAUAGGGUUCUCAAAGACUAUGGACGCUUUUCGUAACAUGAAAUUGUUAAGAAAGGACAAUGAUGACUGUAUCACUGUUAAUAUAAAAGUGGACUUUGAUAAGACUAAACAUUUAAGUGAUGCUUCCAUUCGAAGGCGUGAAAUUGUUAGGGAAAGACUAGUUGCUAAAAUGAAAGAAAAAGAAUUACGAGAAGAAAAGGAGAGAAAAAAUAGGGAAGAACAGACGCGUCUUGAAAGGCAGAGGGAAGAAGCAGAAAAAGUUGAAAAGGAAAAGAGAAGACAAGAAAGGGAAAGGAAACGAAAACAAAAAAUAUUAGCAAAAUUAAAAAUAAAUGGAGCAGAUGAAAUCACAAACAAAAUUGCUAAAGAAGAAAAAAAAUUAUUAAAAGCUCAAAGAAAACUAGAGGCAAUAAGACUCGUAGAAGAACUGUUUAGAAGGAUUAAGGUGAAGUAUGAAGAAACCAAACCAUCUCGUCAAUCAAGAAUGGAAGAAGGAAAUAGUGAGCUCAAUAAAUAUAAAUCAACUUUUGAAUCUGAAGUACGACAGCAAAGAGAUAGGCUUCAUAAGGCAAUUGAAGGCAGAGUUAUUUUGAAGAGCAUUUUAAGUGGCGGACCAAGUCUACGUUCAACGUCUAGUGAAAGUCUAAGCUCGGACUCUUCCCUCAAACGAAAAAAGGAAAAGGGGCCAACAUUACAACAGCCACCUGUGGGAAUACAGACUCCAGAAGUCCCUUAUCCCUACCCAGAAUGGAUGAGGUAUCAAGAUGGUAUUUUACCAAAUCCUUAUGCAGUAGGAGGUUACUAUCCCCCUACCAUUAGGACUCCCAUGCAUGGAUACCUACCAUACCAAAUUCGAGGAAGAAAAAUUCUUAGGGACAUGGCAGGACCUUCUAGAGGAUUUUCUGUAGGAGGUCCUUUUCCAAGGCGUUCCCGAGGCUACAAUUUUCGAAACAGGGGCGCGAAACAAAGAAAGAAUCUUUAUCAGUUAGCCCAAGAAGAAGAAUACGUGAAGUAUUUCCAGAAAUUUUUGCAUGAACACGAUGAUCGUUAUCAUAGGGAUUACUCAAGAUCGAAAUCACGAAGUCGUAGCUAUUCGCGAUCACCGUCUCGCAGAAGAUCCAGGUCUUUUUCGAGAAGGACAAGAUCAAACUCCAAGAGGCGAUCUUACUCACGUUCAAGAAGAAGUGGGUCCAGAAGAUCUUUUUCAAGAAGGCGGAGAUCUUCCUCGGCUUCUAGAAGAAGUCCAUCAUAUUCGCGAAGGUCACAUUCAUCUACAAAACGUAGAUCCGGUUCCAGAAAGUCGCGAUCUUCGUAUAGAAAGAGAUCACCAUCCUAUUCUAGAAGAUCGAAGUCCACGUCUAGAAAACGAUCUUACUCUAAGAGAUCGAGAUCCAAAGACUCUGAAAAAUCUAGGAAAUCAUCUGUUAGCCGUACUCCUCAGACUCAAAGGAAUAGAAGCAAAAGCAAUGAGGUUGCCCAUGAAGAAAAACAAUGCAGUAGUAAAAACAAAGAAAAUGAACUAGAAGAAAAAAGGUCUUGUUCUGUGGAUAGUUCAAAGUUCAUAUCUCCCAGGAGUAUGCGAAAAAUACGUUCGAGGUCAAAGUCGUGGUCUAUGCCUCGAGAAGCAGAGAAUGAGACAAGGAUGAGAAGCUGGUCCCAGUCUCCUGUUAAUAAGGACUAGUCCAAAGGAAUGACGAUAUCUUUUAUUAUAAGAAUUUUUAAUGACAAAUAGAUUAAGUAUUUUUAGUGUAAUUCUGAGUGUAUAACUUACCAACUUCGAAUUUGGCUGGAUUAACAUCAAUUCCAAUGAUUCGUUUUGCUCCUGCAGCCUUGCAACCCAAACCAACGGCUAAACCGACUGCCCCAAGACCCCAAACAGCACAUGAACUACCCGGUUCAACUUUAGCUGUAUUUAAAGCAGCCCCA